GAGCUCCAAAGUUUCCGGGCCAGUGGCCCAGGCGAGGUCACCGUAGAAAUGGACGCUACGCCAGGAGUGGACCUCACCAAGAUCCUCAACGACACGAGGGCCCAGUACGAAACCAUGGCGGAGCAGAAUCGGAAGGACGCCGAGGCCUGGUACCUGGAAAAGAGUGGGGAGCUCAGGAAGGAGAUCAGCACCAACACCGAGCAGCUCCAGUCCAGCAAGAACGAGGUCACGGAUCUGAGGCGCACGCUCCAAAACCUGGAGCUCGAGCUCCAGUCCCAGCUCGCCACGAAGAAGUCCCUGGAGGAGUCGUUGGCGGGAACCGAGGGCGGAUACUGCGGCCAGCUGUCCCAGGUGCAGCAGCUCAUCGGCAACCUGGAGGAGCAGCUGCAGCAGGUGCGCGCGGACACUGAGCGCCAGAACGCCGAGCACCAGCGGCUGCUGAACGUCAAGGCCCGCCUGGAGCUGGAGAUCGACACCUACCGCCGCCUGCUGGACGGGGAGGCCCAAGGUGAUGGUUUUGAUGAAAGCUCAUCUGUGACCAGCUCCAAGUCUCAAACGCAGUCAAUUGAUUCCUCUAAAGAUCCAAAUAAAACCCGAAAAAUCAAGACAAUUGUGCAGGAGGUAGUGAAUGGUGAAGUGGUCUCAUCCCAAGUUCAAGAAAUUGAAGAACUGAUAUAA